CUGGCAGACAGUGGGCUAUUCGAAUCGUACAGUCACAUCUUGAAUGCAGUCAAAAACUAAAAUAAUACCAUCAGGCCAAAACUGUGGAAUUAUGAGGACGUCUGCGGUUCUUGCCGUGUUUCUGUGCAUACCUGCAGUCACGUGGUCUCUCACGUGCGUGUCGUGUCAGAACGCCACAUGCACCCCACCCCUGCCUGGGUGCGAACUCGGGCGGCGGGUAUGUUCCUGCUGCGUGGAAUGUCGUAUGGAACUGGGAGACGCGUGCACAUCAUUUACUGCAGAGUGCGAAUCUGAACUGGUGUGUCUCACACAGGCGGGUGCGUUCAUCGGCCGCCCCCCUUUCUCGAUGAACUAUCUUGUUGGACAGUGCAUCAAGCCGCGGGAUAUACCUCAUAAUCGUCGAGCUGCUCCACAGAACUUACAUCUGGUCUGAAGAUGAUACAAAAAUAAAACUCCGGGAAAUGUG